AUGAGCUCCAAGGUGCCGGCCUCAGGGCAGGAAACAACCGGCCCAACAGGAGGUCGCAACCCUCCAGGAGACAGUCCCCUCCCCCGCCGCCCUCCGAGAGCCCAGGUGCGGGCCCUGUCGGCUCUCCGUUUCCUCCGGGCCCAGCAGGGACUGGGAGAGAGAAGGAACUGGCGGGAGAUCCCUGAGCCUGCCCGGCCCCGCCGCGUCCGCGGCUCUGCGCGUCACGCCGGGAAGGAGUUACCGGGAAAGGGCACCGGCCCAACCGGCUGCAGCGUCCGUGCUCCAUCUGCCACUUACUACCCGUGUGACCUGAUCUUCACGCCCGACAUGAUUGAGGACAUUCAGCGGGCAGGCUCUGGAUCUCGGCGGGAUCAGGCCAGGCAGCUGAUCAUCGAUCUAGAGACUCGAGGGAGUCGGGCCCUUCCUUUGUUCAUCUCCUGCUUAGAGGACACAGCCCAGGACGAGCUGGCUUCCCUUCUGCGAUCCGGUGCUGAGAAGAGAUCCAGCAGUACUGAGAAACCAAGGCAAAACACGGAUUUGCUGUGUCAGGAGCCCCAGGAACUCAGCCAGGCAGACUGCGGGCCAGCCCUUGCUGGAGCAGAUUGUUCCAGCCUGCUCUUCCUCACCUGUGCUGAGAAGAGAUCCAGCAGUACUGAGAAACCAAGGCAAAACACGGAUUUGGUGUACGUCCUGAGUGCGGACCCAUGUGGCCACUGCCUCAUCAUCAACAACAUAAACUUCUUCCCUGAGUCCGGGCUCAAGGUCCGUACCGGUUCCGACCUGGACUGCCAGAAGCUGCAGCACCGCUUCCAGUUGCUGCACUUCUCCGUGGAGGUGAAGCGCGACCUGACCACCCAGGAAAUGAACCUGGCGCUGGUGGAGCUGGCACACCGGGAUCACAGUGCUAUGGACUGCUGCGUGGUUGUCAUCCUGUCUCACGGCCAUGAGGUCAGCCACCGCCAGUUCCCGGGGGCUGUCUGUGGCAUAGAUGGAUCCUCUGUGUCCAUCGAGAGAACUGUGAACAUCUUCAAUGGGACCGGCUGCCCCAGCCUGCGUGGGAAGCCCAAGCUCUUUUUCAUCCAGGCCUGUGGCGGGGAAGUGAAAGACCGUGGGUUUGAGGUGGCCUCCACUUCCCCCAAAGACAGGGCCUCUGGCAGUAACCCUGAGCAAGACGCUGCCCCGUUCCAGGAAGGCUCAGGGACCCGCGACCAGCCGGACGCCGUGUCUAGUUUGCCCACACCCAGUGACAUCUUUGUGUCCUACUCCACCUUCCCAGGUUUUGUCUCCUUGAGAGAUCCCAAGAGUGGCUCCUGGUACAUCGAGGUCCUGGAUAGCGUCUUGGAGAAGUGGGCUCGCCACGAAGACCUGCAGUCCCUCCUGCUCAGGGUCGGUAAAACUGUUGCGGACAAAGGGAUUUGCAAACAGAUGCCUGGUUGUUUUAAUUUCCUUCGGAAAAAAUUUUUCUUUAAAACUGAUUGAGGCAGGGCCCCUCACCUGCCUUCUCUUUCACCAGAGAACCUUCGUGCUCCAUGUCUGGAGGUGGCUGAGGCUGGUCUCUUCUACAACUCAUUGAUUUUGUAGCCUGUACAGGGUCUGCUGUUUCCCAGCAGGUAGCAGACAGGCUCUUAGCAGCUUCCAUAUAGGAGACAAAUGCUGAGCAGUGGAGGAAGAGGUACGAAGAAUGCCAUGGAUUCCAUGUGGCCUCUUCCCCAGUGGCUGGUCGCAGGUUAGGACUGUGGACUGUCACCCCGUGUCCUCUCUAGAGCAGGGCUUAACCUCCACACUGUUGACAGUCCUUUGUUUCAGGGCUGUCCUGUGUGUUGUAGGAUGUUUAGCAGCAUCCCUGGCCUCUACCCACUAGAUGCCAGUAGCACCUCUCCACAAGCAGUGCCAACCAAAAAUGUCAACAUUGCCAAAUAUGCCCUGGGGGACAAAAUUGCCCCCACUUGAGAACUACUGAUCUUUAGGGGGUUUUGGCUACAAACAAACCAGCAUCUGUCUUAGAUCAGCAAGCUUGGGGCUACUAGAGUCUGAAGAGCUGGAAUCUGUGAAUUUUAAAUGAAGUUUUAAAAAUUGCUGAUUUUUCUUGUAUUGCAUUAUUCUUAAAAAAAAAAAUAAAUCUU